AUGAUGGCACAUUUUCCAUUUGAAAAACCAGGAGAUAAAUAUGAUGGUGCCAGAUAUGAAGGAAUGAGAAUCUUUUGCACAACAUUGGGAGCUUUAAUAAUACCAUUAACAUUUUUAACAAUAUGGGAGAUGACACAGUCUCUCGAUGCUACAUGUAUUGGAACUAUUCUUUUGUUAUGUGAUGUUGGUUUUUUGACACUCAAUAGAUACAUACUGCUAGAUCCAAUUUUGCUAUUUUUUAUGAGUUGUGCCAUGUAUGGGGCUUUUAAGGUCAGAACCUUAACUGAGUUGGGGCAACCGCCUUUUUCCUCCCGUAUGGUGCUGUGGCAGCUGUUCCUGGGCUGGUCCCUCGCCUGCACCAUGUCCGUAAAAUUCGUAGGCCUGUUUGUGGUAAUGUUUGUGGGUCUACGCACGUUAGUUGACCUCUGGAACAUCCUGGGCGAUUUGACUAAGCCGGUGACGCUGACAUUGAAACAUCUCGUUGGGAGAAGCUUGACGUUAAUCCUCUGGCCUAUCGUGCUGUACGUGUUCUUUUUCUGGAUCCAUCUCAAUGUUUUGAGCAAAAGUGGCAAUGGAGACGGAUUCUACUCAUCAGGCUUCCAGGCCCGACUGGAGGGCAACAGUUUGCACAACGCCAGCGCGCCCAGGAUCUUGGCAUACGGUGCUCUCAUCACCUUGAAGAACCACAGAACUGGGGGUGGCUACUUGCACUCGCAUCAUCACCUCUACCCAGCAGGUGUCGGGGCUAGGCAGCAACAGAUAACGACGUACACGCACAAGGACGACAACAACCGCUGGCUGGUGAGGCCGUACGACCGCGAGCAGGCCGCGGGCGUGGCGCUGGUGCGCAGCGGCGACCUUGUGCGGCUCACGCACGCCGCCACCGGCCGCAACCUGCACUCGCACAGGGAGCGCGCGCCGAUGUCCGCCAAGCUGAUGCAGGUCACCGGCUACGGCGAGGAUGGCAUUGGAGAUGCUAAUGAUGUUUGGAAGAUUAUUGUCUCUGGUGGAAAUGAUGGCGACGAAAUUCAAACGGUGCGCAGCAAACUUAUGUUUGUACAUUAUUUGCAGGCUUGUGUACUAACCACAACUGGUAAACAGCUACCAAAAUGGGGAUAUGAACAACAAGAAGUUGCCUGUAAUCCUAACUUGAGAGAUAAGAAUGCACUGUGGAAUGUAGAAGACAAUAUAUUUGAUGAUUUACCCAAAGUUAGUUUCGAAGCUUAUGCCUCUGGAUUCUUUGAAAGGUUUUUAGAGUCGCAUGCAGUUAUGUUACAAGGGAAUUCCGGUCUCAAGCCGAAAGAGGGCGAGGUCACUUCGCAGCCCUGGCAGUGGCCAAUAAAUUAUAGAGGUCAAUUCUUUUCUGGCAGUGGCCACAGAAUAUAUCUGCUUGGAAAUCCUAUAGUCUGGUGGACCAACUUAAUUUUCUUGAUUGUAUUCUUCAUAAUUUAUGUCAUCAAUGCAAUUAGAGAGAAAAGAGCUCAGGCAUUCGGAUUAGAGAUACAAGAUGGACAAGAAAAAUCUCUUUUAAAUGCAGCUAGUUGGAGUUUUAUAGGUUGGGUAUUGCAUUAUGUGCCUUUUUGGGCAAUGGGUCGCGUUCUCUACUUUCACCAUUAUUUUCCCGCUCUCGUCUUCAGUUCUAUGCUUACUGGUAUUUUAACAGAAUACUUGUUGAAAAGUGUUAAAAGCUACAUAAGUUUGGAGCUUGGUAAGACUGUGUACCAUUGUGCUAUGGGGUUGAUAAUUUCUACCACAGUUUACAGCUUUUACCUGUUUUCGCCAUUGGCAUACGGCAUGAGCGGACCCUUGGCACAUGAGCCCAAUUCCACAAUGAGUGGGCUGAAAUGUAACUUAAACAUAAUUUUGGUGAAGACUGACGUCGGUGGUGUACACGUUUUGGAUGUGAAUUCUGGUGUGAUUCUUCAGUCAUCCUGUCUAGCAGCGGAUGAGGGAGGUGCACUUGGUGUAGAGUAUGCGUCGGGUGCCGACCGGGUGUUCGUAUGGGAUAGCAGUGGUGUGGGCGCUCGGACAGACUACAAUGGGGUACUGUUGCUACUCACGGCUUUGCAGCGACCAUUGCCUUCCUCCCAAUCUGACAAUAUAAUAAGGAUUGAACUUGUCUUGUCUGAGGCGGUCAUCCUGUACCAAUGCGUCCAAAGUCUGGAUGUGCUCUCGAUCGAGGGCCUGUCGGACUUCAUCAACGCACUAAAAAGUGCCAUCGAUGCCGCACCAGUCCGGAAAGGCGUCAAGGCUCAAAAGUGGAGCACAGUUACCAUCUCGCUGCCACAAUCCACCUUCCGGCUGGUGACGUCGGGCGUGGUGCAGGAGCUGAAGGGUCAGAACAGGCGCAUCCCGGCGUUGGCCAUCGCCUCCACGGUGGGGCAGCGCGCCAACGAGCUGAUGCCCUGCUCCCGCGACGAGGAGUCAAGGGCGCUGAUGUACUCCGAGGCGGAGAGGAAGGAGACCUUCAAGCGGUGGCCGCAUAUGGACUAUAAGUGGGCGCUGCCGGCGCGCAUGGCGCAGGCGGGCUUCUACCACCAGCCGUCGCCGAGCGGCGACGACCGCGCUAUGUGCUUCACUUGCAUGGUGUGCCUCGUCUGCUGGGAGAAGUCGGACGAGCCGUGGGUGGAGCACGAGCGCCACUCGCCCAGCUGCCCCUUCGUGCGCGGCGAGUACACGCACAACGUGCCCAUAUCGGUGACAAACGCCACGGCGUGCGCCGUGCCGUGCCCCAACAUCGCGGUGGUGUCGAAGGGCAACACUGGCGAGCUGAUCGCCGCCGGAACCGCCGACGGCAAGGUCAACGUGUGGCGCUUCGACUGCGGCCUCAAGCUGGUCAAGUUCAUCCACCUAUCGCCGUACGACUCAAUCUUCAGCGGCAUACUCGCCACCGACUGCAACAAGGUCUGGUCCGCCAGCCUAGAGAAGGACACGUCCACUUACGGCAUCGAGCUAACAGCGAUGGCGUUCGUCGGCAUGACGUCGAAACAGGAAAGCUACCCUCAGACGCAGCAACCUGCCGAGGGCAACGAGAAAGAGACUAGCACCAGCAAAACGAAACCAUCCCUGGUCUGCGGCGUCAUCGUCACGAGGACCAACACCGCGCACCCCGAUGCAACUGUCAAGGAGGACAACAGCAAAGUCCUGUUCGACUCAGGUGCCCUGGACCAGGCCAAGGAGACCGUCAAGACCAUGAACGAUCAGAACGAGGCCAAGAACAACCAGGCGUCCACGGACAAAAUGCUGUUCCUGCUCACUUACGACAUAUACAGCAGCCUCGCCGGCUCAAUCACCACCGUGGUCCAAACUUCCAACAGCAGCGGCAAUUCAAAACCCGGCGGCAGCAAGAAAGUGUGCCCCGUGCUGAGGACGGACGACACGAACAUAUACGACGAGAUCCACUACUUCCAGUACUCCGACGAGGACACGGAGCUUCCGCAAUGCACCAACAGCUUGCUGGACGAGCAGAUCAGCAACGUAAUCAACUUGAACGCCUCGUCGAGCAAAGAGGACUCGAAGUAUUGGGAGCCGAAGAACAUCAUAAUGACAAAGCACUUCAAGGUGCUUACGCCCUCGCCCCCCUCGGCCCUGCUCUCCGAGAUGCCGGAGCCGGGGCAGGCGACGAUGCUGGACUUGUCGGGAACAUUUCGCAGC